AUGUUCUUCUUCAGCAUUCAGAGUGGGCGUGGCGAUUUGGAACGAGCCGUUCGGCGAGAAAUGUCAGUGCGAGUCGACGAACCGCAAAUCUUCAUGACCGCGCAAUCAAUCAACAAGGAUGAGCACGAGGAGGAGGAAGGAGCUGGAACAGCAGCUGGAUGCGAUGAAACUGCUGAAACGCACAAUGACGAGCAAAGAUGCUCGACGCCACACUCUCCAGAUGUGCCCAAUAUCAAUGUAUUCGAUCUGGAAAUGCAGCAGAAAGCCCUUCAGCGUCUAACAUCCUCUCUUGGCUUAUCCAAUAUUCGAACGCCGACGCUCAAUUUGCCGCCGAUUUUUCAGGCGGCACUUCAACAGAGCAACUUCAACCUACAGCAGCAGAUUCUUGGAUUGGCUUCGGGAUUAUCAGCCACAAUUUCACCGGGAAUUGACGAAUACGACGAUGACAAUGCGAACGGAGUUGAGCCCGAAGACUUGACAUUAGGAGGCUACCGUAAAGAGAUGUCGACGUCGAAAUCUGAAGACGCUUCCGAGCCGAGUGCCAAUUCCACAGGUCCCGGCUGGUCAUACGAGGAGCAAUUCAAACAGCUCUACGAAUUGUCGGACGAUGUGAAGCGCAAAGAAUGGCUCGACGAUUGGCUCAACUUUAUGCACCGAAUAGGCAAACCCGUAACCCGCAUUCCGAUCAUGGCGAAGCAGGUUCUCGAUCUAUACGAGUUGUACCGACUCGUUGUCCAGCACGGCGGCCUCGUCGAGAUCAUCAACAAGAAAUUGUGGCGAGAAAUCACCAAGGGCCUCAAUCUGCCGUCCAGCAUCACAUCGGCGGCGUUCACUCUGCGCACACAAUACCAAAAAUAUUUAUACGAUUACGAAUGCGAGAAGGAGCGGCUCUCGAAUCCCGCCGACCUUCAGCAGGCGAUCGACGGCAAUCGGCGAGAAGCGCCCGGCCGACGAACGGCGCCCUCGUUCCAAUUGCCGUUCCCACUACCGCACACCAAUUCGGCGGCAAGUAUGCUCGGCAAGCAGCUCGGCCUUCGAAAUGAUCUUUUAGACGACGAGAACGCAUUAGCCAGCUUGCAAUCUGGAAAUUUGUUCUCCGCCUCAUAUGGUGCUGAUCAAAUGGCGCUUCUUGAGGCGCAUCAAAGGCAAUUCGAGCGGGCUCAAAGAGCCGCCGAGGUCGUGGCGAGGCAAAGUCUCGGCUUAAGCUCAUGCACAAACGGCGCGCAGGUGUCCGGGCGCGAAUCAACAUCAAGCAUUGAUUCAGAGCUUCCAGCCAAGCGGUCUCGUCUGGAAAACGACAAACCAAUAUCGAACAGUGUAAAAAUCAGCACAAAGAAUUCAGAAGGCGGUUCGAGUUCGAUGGUUGUUUCAAUGGAAAUCAACGGAGUCACCUAUCAAGGAGUAUUAUUCGCAUUAGAGGAAAACGCGAGCAAAAUCGAGUCCUAA